AUGCCACAUCCCUUCUUGCUUAUAAAAACCACAGAAUCUGCCGGCCACGCUCUCCCACCGAUACGUCGGCAGACGUGGACAAAGAAACUGCUGCAGCGGAGAAAGCGGGCGAGGGAAGGAAAGAGCAACAGUCAAUUGAGCCGGGCGAGGGACACUCCACCUCGCCACCAACUCUCUUUGAUUCUGCAUCUCGUGUCUCAGGGUGCUGGUGAGGAAGUCAACAGGGAUUUAGCUAUGGCGUCAGAUCCGAAGAAGGUUUAUGGGUUCGAGGAGGUUUCUGGGCACAACAAGACCAAAGAUUGCUGGCUUAUUAUCUCCGGCAAGGUCUAUGAUGUGACCCCAUUCAUGGAAGAUCAUCCUGGAGGAGAUGAAGUUUUAUUGUCGGCAACUGGGAAAGAUGCAACAAACGAUUUUGAGGAUGUGGGGCACAGCGAUUCGGCCAGGGAGAUGAUGGACAAAUACUACAUUGGCGAGAUAGAUGCAAACACAGUUCCUACGAAACGCAAGUAUGUACCCCCACAGGAGUCAUACAACCAGGACAAGACCUCCGAGUUUGUGAUUAAGAUAUUGCAGUUUCUGGUUCCCCUCUUGAUUUUGGGGCUGGCUUUUGCCGUCCGUAGCUACACCAAGAAGGAAUAAAGGCUACUGCGCCACACCUUUGCUUGUGGAUCCCCAACCCCUAGAAUACUCAACUGUGGGACUCGAGAGUACUGGCAUCUUUGUUUUAGCUUUCACUUGCAUUAUGUUUGUCAACAUUUAUACAAAAUGUUUGUUUCGCAGUCAGUUCAGUGUCGAUUGUUGCGUUUGCUGGACAGUCAUGUAGCAAGGAUUCUCGUACCUGCUCUUUCUUAUUUUUCUAGGUAAGUGAGGGGUGAUAUGCACCUUGUAGACAGGAUUCACACCUUCUAAUUAUGGGGAGUUCCUACAAUAGAAGAGAUUCCUAGAGACUUGUCAUUUGUGGCCUCAUGUCCAAUGU